AUGAACACUGCUCCACAGUUACCGCCUGGCGCGGCUCUCCAGGGCGUUAGUCAAGACGAAAAGCAGCAGGAACAAGCUCGUCAGCAAGCAGAAAACCAAGAGAAUGCGUUGAAUUCUAUGCUCUCCCAGAUUCUGGAUCAACAAGCAUUAGUACGACUGAGUAACCUCGCAGCCGCAAAGCCUGAAAAGGCUAAAAUGGUCGAAAAUGCAGUCAUAAAUAUGGCCCGGCGUGGCCAAAUCGCUGGGAGACUGUCAGAUGAAGGUUUCAAGCAGUUGAUCGAGCGUAUAUCUCAGCAGACGACUCGGACCACUACUGUGAAGUUCGAUCGACGCCGCAACAACCUCGAUUCCGAUGACGAAGAUUAUUGA